UCUCCUUGUCAUUCUGUUUGUUCUGGUCACUUCUCGCACCAUGGGCUACUUGGCUGGGGGACAGGGGAGAGCGCUGCUCUGCCUGGUCUGGGUUUUUCAGGUGGUGACACCCUUCAACGUGGAGCCAGAGGUCUGGAGACACAUAAACCUGACGGCAGCUGCGUGGUUCGGAUACAGGGUGACACAGCUGGACAGCACCAGCCUGCUGGUGAGUGCUCCAUUGGCACACUUUAGCGUGGAUGGCAGAGGCCAGGUUUACCAAUGUCAGGUAUCUACGGGCUCGUGCGCACCUCUGCAGAUACAUGUUCCUCGCUCUGCAGUCAACCUGUCUUUGGGCCUCACGAUGACCACAGGAGAAAAUAGCUCGACAGCGGUGGUUUGCGGCCCUACUGUCCCUAAAGAGUGUGAUGGUCUCACUCUGUAUGGAGGGAUGUGUUUCAGCAUCAGUCAGAUCCUGUCAAUUAGUGACCCUGUACCCCCAACUCUAAGAGAUUGCCAACGUGGCAUUGAUAUAGUCUUUCUCCUAGAUGGUUCAGCAAGCUUGUCUGAUUAUGAUUUUAAUACAAUGAAGCAAUUUGUCAUCAAUCUGAUCAAGAAAUUCAUUGCCAAAGACACACAGUUUGCCAUUGCACAGUAUUCCAGUGGCUAUGAAGUUCAUUUAAACUUUAAACAAUUCAACAAACACAAGGAAGCAAAAGACUGGGAGAGAGCGGUUUUGGACAUUGAACAAGAAAUGACGCUCACAUAUACUGCCAGAGCCAUUAACACCACUGUCUUUGAGGUGUUCUCCCAGAGGGCGGGGGCCAGACCUCACACCAGCAAGGUUCUCCUGGUCAUCACUGACGGCAAGUCAAAUGAUGCAAAGCACCUGAAGUCUGCAGUCAAGAACGCAGCCAAGAAAAAUAUCAUUCGAUAUGCAAUUGGGGUUGGGAAAGUUUCUGACGAUGAACUUAAGAUCAUUGCAUCCAAACCAGUGGAAAAGCACAUGUUCAAGGUUUACAACUUUGAAGCUCUGGAUGGACUGAAGGAGACUCUGGAGAGGAACAUCAUAUCCAUAGAGGGAGGUGGUGGUUCUACAAAAUUUGAGCUGGCACAAGAGGGCUUCAGUGCUGCACCACUUCAUACUCCUGAGGGAGGCAUUGUAAUGGGUUCUGUUGGAGCAUACCAAUGGAGAGGGGGCUAUCAGAAGUACACACCCAGCGGAGAAGACGCAUCUUUUCAUAAAGCCAACCUUCUGGAACCACACGGGGAUGACAGUUACCUGGGCUAUUCGUUGGCCCUGGCCACGAGGGAUGGUCAGAGCUAUGCCAUUCUUGGCGCUCCGAGGUACAAGCAUAAAGGGCUGGUGGUGGUCUUCCACCCUUCUGGGCUUCAGACGAAUCUGGAGCAGGAAGGUCAACAGUCUCAGAUUGGGGCGUACUUUGGAGCAGAGGUAUGUGUGGUGGAUUUGGACGGAGACUCCAACACUGAUCUGAUUCUGGCAUCUGCCCCCAUGCACACAGAGGGAGGAAGAGAGGGGAAAGUGUUGGUGUAUUAUUUUACAGAGGAGGGCUCUACAGAAGUGUCUGCCACUAGCGUGUCCCUGCUGGGGAUGGAGGGUCAGAGGGGGAGGUUCGGCUCGUCUCUGGCCAGCCUGGCUGACCUGAACGGGGACGGCAUCAGGGACGUGGCCGUGGGAGCUCCUCUGGAGGAUAACGGACAGGGCAGCGUGUACAUCUUCAACGGGAGGAGAGGAGGAAUCAACCCCACCUACUCACAGAGGAUUGCUGGUUCGUCGGUGCGGUCCGGACUGCGGUUCUUUGGGCUGACCGUGGCCCAGUCUGCUUUGGACCAGAGUGGAGACGGACUGCCUGACAUCGCAGUCGGGUCCAAAGGAGCGGUUCUGCUGCUCAGGUCCACACCUCUUGUUUCUGUGGAAACUGAGGUGUUCUACAGUCCUUCUAAAAUUCCCACCAGCGUGUUGAACUGUUCUGCGGCGCUCCGUAUCAACGCCACCGUGUGCUUCCUCAUGUCAGAGGUCACUUCCGGCUCCACAGAUUUAAAGGCUAAACUGGACUACAUGUUUACGCUGGAUCACGUACGACAGUCAUUCCGGGCUGCCUUUGCACCAAACCAGCGUGUUGCAAACGGCUCAAUCACAGCAGCACUGCAGAAAACCUGCUUCUUUCACAGCUUCAUAAUACAUGGCUGCCCAGAGGAUGCCUUGAAUCCUAUUGCCAACAGGGUGACCUUUACCUUUAAUGGACUACCUAUCACUGGAAAGGGUAACCUGCGGCCAAGACUUUCCAGUGACGCACGUCUUCUUUCAGACCACAUGUUAGACUUUGAGAUCGACUGCGGACCAGACAAGAUCUGCGAGGACAACCUGCGAGUGGAUUUCAACUUCACAGGGGCCACACACAUCGAUGUUGGUGUUGCACAGGACCUGUUUGUGACAGUGAUGGUGGAGAAUAGAGGAGAGAACUCCUACAACACGCGUGUGUCUUUAUCCUACUCGCAUGGCCUCUCCUACAGGGCCUUCACCAAGAGCCAGGGAAGGGUGGCCUGCAGGUCGCAGGGCAGUGGAGAUGGAGUCUCCAAUGGGGAAACGGUCUGCAGCAUCAACAAUCCCAUCUUCAGAGCCGACGACACGGUUCUCUUUGUGGUUCAGUAUGGGGUUCAUGACGAGAGCCAUUCUGACCAGAAUGUGUCUUUCAAGGCAAAUGUGACAAGUGGAAACGAUCUGCACGCCUUGGACAGUGGAAGCUUCGUAACGAGGCAGAUCCAGGUCAGACACCGCAUUUAUGUGGUUGUCAGGAGACAUGACAACACAACCAGUUAUGUUAACUUUACGGCAGACAAGAGCGACGUGGAGAAACCAGUGACACAGCUUUUGCAGGUGGAAAAUGGCAACAGGCGACUCAAUCUGACUGUUGCGAUCCGUGUUCCCAUUAAACUAGGCAAGAUGGAUAUCUGGUCUAAUAUAGAGGCUCUGUUGAUUGCAGGUUGCCGGCAGGCGCAUGAUACAAACCCAGAAAAUGACUAUGCUGUGAACCAAUCAAAAAUCAUAAACUGCUCUGUGGCUACCUGCAGAGUGUUCAAGUGUGAUGUGUACUUAAAGAAGAAGGACUGCGUGUUUUAUGAAAUCUCUGGCAAAUUACACUCUGGAUGGAUUGCACAGACUGGAGUAAGGUCUGGUGAGUUUAUUUUGGCCAGUGAGUCAGAACUGGAUUAUAACACAAACAGGUACAUUCUGCCCACGGCUGAUGGCCAACAGAUUCCCUCCGUCACUAUGCUUGGGACCCAGGUGGAGGUGUAUGAGGAACCUAAGUUCAUUAAGGAGAUCGCUAGUGGGGUGGUUGGUGGACUGCUCCUGCUAAUUCUCAUUACCAUGGGCCUCGUUAAGGUGGGAUUCUUCACCAGUCAGUAUAAAAAGAAGUUGCAGGAGACAGCAAAACCCUAUUAGGAGAACUAGGCAUCAAGCAUCAAGAAAGACUAUGUACCUAUUAAAAGUACAAUGAGAUACACAGUGACGCAUGUCUUAUGGCUCAAGACUUGUAAUGGCCUUGUUAAAAUGCCUCCUUACAAAAUCCUUUACAUUUGAAAUUAUAAUGUUUUAUUACAUGUUUUAGUUGGUUGGUUAUCCUCGGAGACAUGAAAUGAUCUUUUCUGAUUGGCUGGUGGGGUGGCUAUUAUUUCUGUAUAUCGGGACCCCACCUGAAGUAGAUCUGGUAAAAGUCAAAGUUUCAUCUCUGUCCCAUAUCAAUGCUCUUUUGAAUGAUAACUAAAAAAAAACAAAAUAAACAUCUGCUGAUGGUUAUUAGAACAACAAA